GGCGGCUGCUCUCUAAAUGAUGUUAAGUUGUAACUUCGAAUGUAACUUUUUUCCGUUUGAUUACUUACAGUUAAUACGAACAAAACUACAGACAUUCCGCGGCACUAAAAAAAUCUCGUGAUUGUAUCGGUGGGUUCUAGCACAGGCUUGAAUAUUAGCCUUCGAAAAUCAAUCCCGGUAUAAAACUGUAGCCUACGUGCCUACACUCCAGACAAGGAAAUAACGCACUUCCUAUUAUUAUAAACCUGCAUCGUAAACAUAAAUAUCUAAGUGAUUGGCUGGCUUUUAUGGACUCGUGUUAUAACUGGUAGAUUUACUUGUCAAAUUCGCACAGAAGGCGGGUCGUAAUAUAGGCUAUCACCAGGAACAGGUAAUGUGUUGGUAGCUGGUCAUAUGAACAUAGAUGACAAGCAGAUUAUACGUAUCCAGACACCAGCUAUCAAACUUAUAUAAAAUGACCAGGUUCAUUUUGGCUGCCUUUAACGUUAUAGUAGGGGUAAGUACAUUUAUUUCCCCAGUUCAAGCGCUGGACAAUGGCCUCGCGCUGACACCGACAAUGGGCUGGCUGCACUGGGAAAGAUUUAUGUGUAAUACUGACUGUGACACGGAUCCUCAUAAUUGUAUCAGUGAGAAGCUGUACAUGGAGAUGGCGGACAUGAUGGUGAAGGAUGGGUGGAAGGAAGCCGGCUACGAGUACGUGUGCAUCGACGACUGCUGGCCCUCCAGGGACCGCGACUCCAACGGCCGACUGCAGGCGGACCCCAAAAGGUUCCCAGGGGGGAUGAAGAAGCUUGCUGACUAUAUUCACUCCAAGGGCCUGAAGCUGGGGAUUUAUGCCGAUGUCGGCACGAAGACCUGUGCAGGCUACCCUGGCAGCUUGGGCCACUAUGACACGGACGCUGAGACCUUUGCCGAAUGGGGGGUGGACCUGCUGAAAUUUGACGGGUGCAACAUGCCCAACUGGACCUUACUGGCAGGAGGUUAUACAAACAUGUCCAGUGCCUUGAACAAGACCGGGAGGAGUAUUUUGUAUUCCUGUGAGUGGCCACUGUACGAGUGGCAGUUCCACCAGCCUAACUACACCGCAAUCCAGCAGAUGUGUAAUCACUGGCGCAACUUUGCGGACGUGUACGAUUCGUGGAGCAGUGUGCAGACCAUCCUGGACUGGACAGCCGAUCAUCAGGACCUCAUAGUUCCGGUGGCUGGGCCCGGAGGCUGGAAUGACCCGGACAUGCUGGUAAUCGGGAAUUUUGGGCUGAGCCGGGACCAGCAGGAGACCCAAAUGGCCUUGUGGGCGAUCAUGGCCGCCCCGCUGCUGAUGUCAAACGACCUGCGGGCCAUCGAUCCCCAGUCCCGACAGCUGCUGCAGAACCGCCACAUCAUCGCCAUCAGCCAGGACCCCCUGGGCAAGCAGGGCACCCGCGAGGCCAAGGUGAACGGUUUCGAUGUGUGGCAGCGCCCCCUGUCCAACGACAGACUGGCACUGGCGCUGACCAACAGGCAGGAGAUGGGCGGGCCCCGGAACUUCCCCCUGUUCCUGGCCACCUUGCUCACCUGGGGGUCCUGUAAUCCCCGCUGCAACGUGACCCAGAUCCUGCCCCAGUAUCAGGAGCUGGGCGUGCAGGGGCUCUUCAAUAAGGUACAGGUGCAGGUGAACCCCACGGGCACCGCGCUGCUCGUCCUCUCCCCCGUGGAGGGCACGUCCUGCUCCAGGCAGCAGGCUAAAAAAUGGCUUCGCUACCUCAGCAAAGACAAAGCCCAGAGGACGGCUCUGUGACGCAGCAGAAGACGCAGUUUCAUCCAGUUUAUUUCAGUUUCAGUUUUCCCGAAACUUGAGAAAGGGGGCGGGGCUACCAAAUGUGUUCUUUGCCUCGCCGGUUUUAACCAAUCAUUGUUUUGGUGAGGGGUAAAACUCUGGUUUGUUCAAAAACAUACAUGAUUGACAGCUCAAUUUAGCUCCGCCCAUUAAAGGGCUCAUGAAACAUUACUCUCCAAUCAGCAGCUUUAACAGUGCCAGAGAGAGGCGUUGCAAAAAAAUUUCAGCAUGAACAGUCUCCGCAUACAAGGGAAGGAUCAAAUGCAAUGUCUUAAACCAAAGAAAGGUAUACUUAAGGAAUGCAAGUUAUUUCAGGCAGCUGAUGUUAACAGGAAACAUGUUUAAUAUUGAGUACAAUGGAAUACGUGGAGUACUAUGGAAGUGCAAUAGAAAUAACUGCUGCCUAAUUUGUGCAAUUAUAUGAUGGGAAAAUAAGGAAAUCUGUUUGUACAGCGCACAUCUUACCAUUUAUCUUAGUGUGCUCUGGAUUUUUCAAGAGAUUUUGCUUUUUAUGAUUUAAAAAACAUUUUUUAAUGAAAUUUAAAUAAAGCACUUCACAGACCA